UCUCUCUCUCUCUCUCCCUCCCUCAUAGGAUUCACUAUGCCUUCUAGGAUUUCAGAUGCCGUCCGAGACCAUUCUCUCCUCGUUGACCACAAACACUUGGACUUAAACUUAGUAAACGAACUACCAGAUUCCCAUGCAUGGACACCUCUUAAUGAUAACCCUUCCGGUGACUCUUGUACCAGAGAGUCUGUACCAAUUAUUGAUCUUAAUGACCCAAAUGCCCAAAACCUCAUAGGCCAUGCAUGCAAAACUUGGGGUGUGUUUCAAGUCACAAAACAUGGCAUCCCCAUAAACCUUCUCAAUGACAUUGAGUCUGCUGGAAUGAGCCUUUUCUCUCUCCCCAUCCAACAAAAGCUUAAAGCUGCUCGAUCACCAGAGGGUGUCUCCGGCUACGGCGUGGCCCGAAUUUCUUCUUUCUUCCCCAAGCGCAUGUGGUCUGAAGGGUUCACCAUCGUUGGAUCACCACUUGAACACGCUCGCCAACUUUGGCCCCAAGAUUACACUAAAUUCUGUGAUUUAAUAGAAGAAUAUGAGAAAGAGAUGAAAAAGCUAGCUGGGAAGUUGAUGUGGCUAAUGCUAGGGUCACUCUCACUGGGCAUCACCAAGGAAGAUGUCAAAUGGGCUGGCCCGAAAGGAGAUUUCAAAGGAGCCGGUGCUGUUUUACAGUUGAAUUAUUACCCUACUUGUUCGGAUCCAAACCGGGCCAUGGGCCUUCCCGCUCAUACCGAUUCCACGCUUCUCACCAUCCUUCAACAAAGCAACAUAAGCGGUUUACAAGUCCUUCGGGAGGGAAUUGGGUGGGUCACGGUUCCUCCGGUCCACGGUGCCCUGGUGGUCAAUGUAGGGGACCUACUCCACAUACUAUCCAAUGGGUCGUACCCGAAUGUCACCCAUCGAGCUGUGGUUAACCGGACCCAACACCGUUUAUCCAUAGCCUUUCUCUAUGGGCCGCCAUCGAGUGUUCAAAUCUCACCGCUCUCGAAACUAGUAGACCAUGGCCAUCUUCCUCUCUACCGGCCGGUCACUUGGAGUGAGUAUCUAGGCACCAAGGCUAAGCUCUUCAAUAAGGCCCUCUCAUCGAUCCGACUUUGUGAUUCUCUAAAUGGAUUUUCUAAUGAAAAUGAUCAUAAUAGUGUGAAAAUUGGCUAGAAGGA